UUUCCUUCGAGCGUCUGCCGGCUGCAUGGCGAAUCCCUCUCAAACUCGCCCUCCCCAAAACAGGAAGCAAUGGCGCCUCGUCUGUGUUGCGAGGUCACCCCGAUGUUAAACACUUCGUGCGCCAGCAGCACGACGAACAGCAUGACGCGCCAGCAGCAUGCAUGCAAAGAGAGAAAAGAUGUGCUGGACAUCUUCGGGAGCUCGCCGAGGCGCGGAUCUGAGGCAAUCUGAGGAUCCCGGAGGGUGGUUAGCAUGAAAGGGGCGGGUCCUGAGGCACACGGGGGUCCUGGAGCGCCCUCCCACCAGGACCAGCUCUUCGUCCUGCGUCGUUUCCUGGCCGUCGUGGGGCCCGUGGAGGGCCCCAGGAAGAGCAGGGAACGGCGAACCACCUCGGGACUCCUUGCCCUCGGGAGCCCAGCUCCUCCGUGGCGAGGGUGGCCCGGCGGAGGGGCCCGGGAGCGGCCGGCACUGCAAAAGCCCCGCGCGCGGAGGGGGCCCCCGCGGGAGGCCGACGUGGCAGGCGCGGCCAACACGGAGGAGGAGGAGGAGGAGGAGGAGGAGGAGGAGGAGGAGGAGGGAGGAGGAGGAGGGGGGCGCACGCGCUCUCGGGGCUCCGGCCGCCCGGGAUAGGGUCGGCGCGCGGAUUCCCUGCCAACGGCCUGUGCUGGCAGCGCAUCCGAAUUCAAUCCUCGCAGGCAUCGCCAGAGCAAAUUCUAGCGCUGACGCGCGUGCGUGCUUCACCCGUUGGCGAAGCACGGGCACCUGGUCAGAACACAUCGCUCGUGCGGUGUGACAGCAGUCGGUUGCGGACUGAAGCCUAGCGCAAGAGAAUCGCGAAGGCACUGCCGCGUCCAUUCGCUGAUCUGCGCCCCACUUGCCUUUGCGAGCGGUCAAUAAAUAAAAACUUCCACAGCUCUUGAGGCAUCCCUGCGGACCGCGCCAAAGUCACCAGAGCUGCGCGUGCGCCAGUGAUAGCAGCAGCACUCAGGGUACAGACAGCGCUGGGGAUUUACAUGUGCAAAGAACUUACGAGAAGAACUAUGCAUCAACAGCUCUGCUGCAAAAUUCAGUUCGCACGUUUGCACCCGUGCUCUCGUCACGCCUGCUCUUCAUUCGCCCUUCCCCUUAUUGCAGCCGCCCGCGCUGCUCAACGCCUCUCCCCGCAAUGAGGCACCGAACAAAAUACAAAGAUACACCACGAACUCCCGUGAGCGGGUCACGCCUCUGACCGUGCGCACCUACAAGAAAAAUACACACACA